GUGCAAUCGUUAAUAGACAUCUACAAUCGGGAUAAUACGAAACGUACAACAAUGAUCGGAGAUACCAUGAGAGAAAUAUGAUAAUUAAGGGAACAAUGUAAUACUCAAGUCAUUGUUCAGAGGUCAAAGAAUAAAUUGUCCAAUUCUAAAAGUCUCUAGCUUGGACACCUUGGAGAGUAGGAGAAGUCGGUUACCAGCAUAGCCAAUCUUCUUCUGACUAUUAUUCCCUAUUUCUCCCAUAUAAACCCCUCUACCCUGUCUCUCCCUCCACCAAAGGAACCAAACUCUUUGAAUAGCCUAGAUAUCUCCCCAUUCUACCGGCAUUUCCAGCAAACUAACCCAUUCCAAAGUACCUGUUCAAGGAGCUCCAAUGGCACAUCAAAGAAUUGAGAUGGGUAUAGUGUUGGUCCUAGCGACCAUACUCUGGACUGGAGCCACUGCUCAGUCUAGCAGUUGCACGAGCACGAUAAUAAGCAUGUCACCCUGCCUCAACUACAUUACUGGCAACUCUUCAACCCCGUCUUCAAGCUGCUGCACUCAGCUUGGCAACGUUGUUCGCUCACAGCCACAAUGCUUGUGUCAGGUCCUAAAUGGUGGUGGCUCAUCACAGGGGCUUAACAUCAAUCAAACUCUUGCUCUGGCAUUACCUGGUGCUUGCAAUGUUCAGACCCCACCCCUCAGCCGUUGCAAUGCUGCUUCUCCAGCCGAUUCUCCUGUGGGAACUCCAAGCACAGUACCAUCAGGACGGGGAUCUAACACAGUACCAUCAACAGAAAAUGGUUCAUCAGAUGCAAGCUCUACCAAGUUAGCAGUUCCUCUGCUUUUCGUCCUGUUGGUCAUUGCAUCAUAUGCUUCAACCUCUACCCUGUACUGAGUUCUGUUAUCUGU